UGUGGGGGUUGACAAAGAUCAGUGCUGUUGGUACACAGAAGUAAUGAUGGGAGGAAAGCUGCUGCUUUGAAAGAAAAUGGGCUGGAGGAAUUGGGGUACCCUCAGUGAGCUGUGAAGGGUCCCAAAACGUAUUCAUUUCUGAGCAGCUGUUGGUAUGUCAGGGGCCAGGAAUUGUCAUGGUAAAUCUAAAAUUGUCUCAGGCAGUUACCUGACCUCACUUAAGUGUGCUCUGCUCUGCCUGACUCUCUUCUUGAGCCUCCGAGCUAAUGCUUUUGAGAUCUUUCCUAUUGGCUCAGUUGGGAAAACCAGUUGAAGUUCCCUUGUCCAUGUUAGGAGGUACACGCCUCCUGAACUAAAGAGGGCUCUUCGAGGCAGCUAAAAGCCUCCGACUAAGAGGUGUUCCCCAUUUGGCAGCCAGACUCUUUGAAAUACUGUUUCAGUACUUUGUACCAACGACUCCAUGUCUCGUCUCUGCCAUAACAAAGGCUGUGGGCAGCACUUUGACCCUAAUACCAACCAUCCUGAUUUCUGUUGCCAUCACCCUGGGGUUCUGAUCUUCCAUGAUGCACUUAAGGGUUGGUCCUGCUGCCUGAAGUGAACUGUAGAUUUCUCUGAGUUCUUAAACAUCAAGGGCUGUACUGUGGGACCACACUGUGCUGAGAAGCUGCCUGAGGCCCCUCAGCCUGAGGGCCCUGCUGCAAGCAGUACACUUGAGGAGCAAAAACCUGUGAAUACCAUCCCAAAGUCAGCAGAGACUUUGUGCCAGGAGAGGCCCAAGUCAGAGUUGCCUCCAAAGCUGCUUCUGCUAAAUAUAUCCCAAGCCCUGGAAAUGGCAUUGGAACAGAAGGAAUUAGACCAGGAACCUGGAGCAGGACUUGACAAUAGUCAGAUCCGGACUGGUUCCAGUUGCCAAAACCCAGGAUGUGAUGCGGUUUACCAAGGCCCCGAGAGUGAUGGUACUCCAUGCACCUACCACCCAGGAGCACUUUGAUUCUAUGAGGGGAAGAAGUCCUGUAGCUGUUGUGGCAUCCAAACCCUGGAUUUUGGAGCAUUCCUGGCACAGCCAGGAUGCUGAGUUGGUAUACUUGACUGGGGGAAGCAGUUGCCAGUGUCUUGCCAGCAUGAUUGGUACCAGACAGAUUCCUCAGUAGUGGUGACUGUGUAUGGCCAGAUUCCACUUCCUGCACUCCACUGGGUGAAGGCCAGUCAAACUGAGCUUCAUGUCCACAUUGUCUUUGAUGGCAACUGUGUGUUCCAAGCACAGAUGAAGCUCUGGUGGGUCAUAAAUGUGGAGCAGAGCUCUGUCUCCUUGAUGCCAUCUCGGGUGGAAAUCUCCUUGGUCAAGGCUGACCCAGGAUCCUGGGCCCAGCUGGAGCACCCUGAUGCACUAGCUGAGAAGGCUAAGGCAGGGCUUGGGUUAGAGAUGGAUGAGGAAGAAUCUGAGGAUUCAGAUGAUGAUGUGAGCUGGACAGAGGAGGAGGAAGAGGAGGAAGUGAUGGAGGAAUAGUGACACCAGACAGUCAAGUGUCUAGGUAGGACCUCAGUGACUUUUUAAGAACCUCAGAGACCAAGAUAUGGUUGGCCAUGUGGUGUCCUUGAGUAGCAGGAGGCCAAAGGAGGGGAGAACAAAAGAGUCCAAGCCACGCUGAUUUUUCCCUUAAAUAAACCUUGUGCUCUUCAGUUUCACAUGGUGUCAUUCUGUCACCUUACUAUCUGGGAUUGUAUCCUUUCCUCCAGCUUCUGUGU